AAACCCUAGAUCAAACGGCCCAAAACCCUUAUAAAAACAGCGUCAUUAAAAACCCUAGCUUCCAUUUCUUCUCUGAGCAUCUCCGCCUCUUGCACUCUCUUCCUCACACACUCACACACAAAACACGAACCCAAAAUGCCUUUCAAGAGGUACGUGGAGAUCGGGAGGGUCGCCCUCGUCAACUACGGCAAAGACUACGGCAGGCUUGUUGUCAUCGUGGAUAUCAUCGAUCAGAACAGAGCUCUUGUUGAUGCCCCUGAUAUGGUGAGAAGCCAGAUGAAUUUCAAGAGGCUUUCACUAACUGAUAUCAAAAUUGACAUCAACCGUGUUCCAAAGAAGAAGACAUUGAUUGAUGCCAUGGAGAAGGCUGAUGUUAAAAACAAGUGGGAGAACAGCUCCUGGGGCAGAAAGUUGAUCGUCCAGAAGAGAAGGGCAGCUCUUAAUGACUUUGACAGGUUCAAGAUUAUGUUGGCUAAGAUCAAGAAGGGAGGAUUGAUCAGGCAGGAGCUUGCAAAGCUGAAAAAGGAGAAUGCUUCCUAAGUGUUGUCUGAUAUGUAGGUCCCAAUUUUCUUAUCAGUGUUCUUCAAGAUGUUAUCUUGGAAUGUUUUCCAUUAAUUUUGAGAUUAAGACAAGUUUAAGGAGACAAUUUUUACUUUUAUGAUAUUGUAGUCAGUGCAAUUGGUAGAUUUUUACCGUGUGCAUGUUUGUGUUACUUUUUCGAUUAUUUUACAUGGAGUUCUUUUUUGGCACUGUA